UUUUUUUAUGAAUGGGUACUGCGACUUCUGAACUUUUCUUUUUGCUUAAAAUACAAUAAUUUUGACAAAUAAAAUUUAAUGUGACUACACAACUCACAAGUACAGACUACAGAGUGUAAAUAAUUUGCCGUGUCUUUAAAGUUCAGAGUUUUGAAGCAUAGACUACUAUUGUACAAUGUUUUUAGGCAAUAUUUAGGAAAUACAUUGAUCAACACGAUGCUAAACUAUUUUUUUAAGUUCAAGAUAUCUAAAGGAAUUCCGUGUGGAACAGUGCCCGUUGUUCCUACAACAUAAAUGUACACAACAUAGACCUUUUACAUGUUUCCACUGGCAUUUUAAUAAUCAAAGACGUAGAAGGCCUGUACGUAAGCGGGAUGGAUCGUUUAAUUAUAGCGCAGACAAUUAUUGUACUAAAUACAACGAGACUUCGGGAAUUUGCGAGGAUGGUGACGAUUGUCCAUACUUACAUAGAACAGCUGGAGACACUGAGCGGCGAUAUCAUCUCCGGUAUUACAAAACUUGUAUGUGUGUCCAUGACACAGAUGCGAGGGGCCUUUGUACGAAGAAUGGGGCUCAUUGUGCCUUUGCUCACGGAGCUCCCGACCUUAGACCACCAGUGUUGGACAUGAGGGAACUGCAGGCUCUAGAAAAUCCAAAUGGAACUGAUGGGGACACAGCCGCACCUAAUGCUUUAGAUAGAGAACGUAAUUUGAUGAAUGAAGACCCUAAGUGGCAAGAUACAAAUUAUGUGUUAUCAUCAUAUAAAACAGAACCAUGCAAAAGACCACCUAGGCUUUGUAGACAAGGGUAUGCAUGUCCACAAUAUCAUAAUAGUAAAGAUAAACGUAGAUCACCUCGCAAAUACAAGUACCGUAGCACACCAUGUCCUAAUGUAAAGCACGGAGAGGAAUGGGGAGAACCUAGCAGUUGUGAAGCUGGAGAUGCCUGUGGGUACUGCCACACUCGCACGGAGCAGCAGUUCCAUCCAGAGAUAUACAAAUCCACUAAAUGCAAUGAUGUACAGCAAGCUGGCUACUGCCCACGGGGUCUAUUCUGUGCCUUUGCACAUGUUGAACCUGAAGAUUUGUCAUCAAAUCGAGACAUGAGUGCUCCACUGGAGUGUGGGACCAAUCUCGCCGAUCUUCUUUCUUCGGCGUUACCCAACGACAAAAAGAAUGACGUCGGCGUGCUCGGCGGAGCCUUAGGCCUCGGCCGUCCUCUUAGUCCCCAGCCGCACACCAACGGCAGCGGAGACGGCUCCGAGUGCGCUUCGACCUCCAGCGGAGGCUCUAUACAUCAAUCGCGUCCCAUUCAAACGACAGCUCUGCAGUCAUACCAAGACCACGAGAAGCCCCAACCGUCGUGGCCGCCACGGUCCACGUUCGACGCCACAGUCCUCCAAGAAGUAGUCGGAAACGCCCUCGACGAUAUUCACCUGGACGAUCCUUUGAACCUCGUGGCCUCUCUGGAUCGUGAUCUAUCAGAUGGGGAGGGUUUACUCGGUGGAUCGGCUCCCGUGAACAUUCCACGUCCUUCUCUCAGGGGCUUCAGCCCACCAAGCGGAGGAUCACCGCUGCCGCCUUUUCUCCGGUACGCUAGUGAUACGGACAGAUUGUUCAACUCGCAUCCGAUGAAAGCGGGAAGUUUCGGAGCGGCGGGUAACGCGUUCGAAUUCGCGGCGACUUCGCCCUCAGCCCCGGCCGAGUUAUCGAGACUGCGGGAGGAAGUGGUGGCCUCGAGGGCGGCGGCCGCUCGCUGGGAUGAGAGAAUCGCGCAGGCCCGUUCCGCCUGCGAAGCCUGGCAAAGGGAGUCCGACGAAGCGCAACGCAAAGCGGCUUUGGCCGAGCGACAGAGGGACGAGGCCUUGGCCCACGCGUUGAUCCUCAAACGCGAGCUCGAAACCACACGCGCCGGCAGACGGGAGCUACGUGGCCUGCCCCUGACGGCCCUGAAGUCUCUCCAAGUACAAGUGCGGUCUGAUUUGGAGGAAAUCGAGAAGGCGCUGUAUCUAGAGACGGCGACGAAGUGUAUGGUGUGCGAAGAGCAGCCCCGUAGCGUGACUCUACCCCCUUGCAACCACUAUGUGUUGUGCGAAAGCUGCGCCGGCACAGCCAAGGAGUGCCCCUACUGCCAGACUCCCAUCCAGCAUCACCAGUAGAUCGACGGUCGGCCAGGUUGCAGUAGUAUUACACAUCAUAAUACUCAACAGAUGCACUCGGUUACCCAUGUGAUGUAGAAGUAGUCGCUCUCUACUCGAUACUGUCUCAAAAUUGUAAGUGUUUGGAGUGCAAAAUUUCUCAAUAUUUUUAUAUAUGACUAGACUAUACCGAUGAGUUAUAUCGUAUCGACUAAUGGUUUUAAGAUAUUUUACAGUAGAAAGUUAAGAUUUCCAUAUUUAUUGGUAAAAGUGAGUAGUUUUUCAAAUUUACUGCCGCUGACUAAAAUGCAUUUGAAGGAGCGAUACUAAACAGAUAUUAAUAUGAAAGUGACGAUUCUAAUAGAUUUACUAAAUAAAAUAUGCAAAGUUUUCUAUCAUGUAUUAAAAUAUAUAACUCGUAAUUGGAAAUAUUGUGGCUUUAUAUGAGAUAUACAUAGGAAUAGUGGAAAAUCUAUAAAAUAUUGCGGUGAUCCAACUUGCACCAAAACAAUUUGUUUAUCUUAGUGUAACAUUCAAAUACAAAUAAUACGGUUUAUAUAUUUUAUAUGAAUAAUGCUUAUAUAGCGUUUAAAUAUUUUCUUAAAAGUAAAUUUACCGUAGUGCAUGGUUCAAAGUAGCAGUUUUUAAAAUUUAAUGUUACAAAAUGCUUUUGGUGUUAAUUUAGAUUUCAAAAUAUUCAAUCUUUGCUUUUCUGUAGUACAUGGCUAUGGAAUCCAUAAUUAUCUGUGACAAUUCUUUCAUCAGUCAUAGACAAUUGUUGCUUGUGAUUGUAUUAAUAUUUUAACUAUGAGAGUAGUUUUUAAUUAUUACAGUUGGAAUAAUUUUGCACUAUCUUAGAUACUAUAGGUGACAGUAAACUUGUUGAAUUUUUUUACAUUUUUAUUAAGGUUUUGUAAUGUACUUGUUUUUUUUUCACAACAUUCACCUCUUUUAUCUAUGGACCAAUCUCAUGAAGGAUUUAAUAUAUUAAAUCAUAUUAAUUUUGAUAUCUCUUGAUAAAGUGUUCAUUUGAAUUUUCUUAUAAAGACAGCGAAGCGCUUAAUAUGAUUGGGGAAGUUUUAACUUUUAUUAUAAGGUCAUCCAUUAACAGUUACGCAUUUUUAUAUGAACAUUCCAAAUGAAUUAUUAAAAUCUUUGAAACCCCUACUCUUUAUACAAUAAGCCGUUAAUUCUAUCACUGAACAGUCAGUGAAUUUGACUUAUUUAUUCCCUUAUAUAAAAGAUAAAGGGAUUUUUCUGUAAUUGCCCAAGCUGUUUAUUAAUAGGAUUGCUAUAAUGAAGACAAGAAAAUCUCAGUUAGCAGAUCUUUAUUUACCAUUUUUUACAAUAUAAAUUAUUAACUGAAUGAUAACUAUUCCAGGCAGCACUGGAAGCAAAAGUUUUCAAUGCGAAAAAUAUUUUAUAAAUUGACGCUCUUGAAUCAAGAAAGAUUAAAAUGUACCAAAUAAUCUUAAACUAUAAAAUGUAUAAGACUUGAGAAACAUUAUAAAUUUGUAUCGGGUGUGAUCCUAAAACAAUAGAAAUCGAAUCAUAAGAAAUCCUGAGGUUAAAAAAUAGCUUAAUUCUACACAGCCUCUUUCAAAAUGUAACUAACCUCUGUGGACUUUAAAAAUACUGUUAAAGAUGUUAUAUUAAUACUUUCACAAAUGUCAUGAAUUUCCAGUGCCUUCUAGAAGAUCUCUUUAAACCUUGUUAAACAGCUGUAGGUUCAUGACCUUGCGGUGAAUGACCCCAACUAUGUAUUUUUUGGGCAUUGUUAUCUUAGCUUAAAUUUUAAAUUGUUCAUAGAGUUUUGGUUACAUACUGUAUGAAAAUAGGUUUUAUUCACUAGGCCAUAUGUAUCAUCAUCAGCAAAACCUAUAUCCUCCGUAAAUUUAACAAAUGUUGCGAUUUAUAUUUUUUUUUAACUUUUAUAUAAAAUAAAAUAUGUAGGUAUCUCACUAUUUUAAUAUCAACAGUUGUUUUAUGUACUAAAAAGUGUACUCUGGUUAUAUGGGAAUAUAUAAAGCAUUUUAUAUGAAUUUAUUUCAACUUUUCUAUGUAACAAAGUAUAUUUAUAUUUUGAACUUACUAAAAUAUCUUUAAAAACUUUUGUAUCAACAUAUUAUAGUAAUAGGAAUAACAAAUUUAAUUUAGAAAUAUAUUUAGAUGUAAGUAGUGUUUUCAAAUUGUAUUGGAUUAUACUAAGUGUAGCGUGUGCAUUGUAUUCGGAAGCAAUAUGACCACAACCGCCUUCAAUAUUCAAGUUAUUGUAGUGAUAAAAUUUAUCUCAGAAUAGUACCAGCAUAAUGUUUAAUUAGUAAACAAGUAUUUAGCUAUAGACAUUUGACCUCAUUAGUGUUGCCAUGUAUUACGUUCAUGGAGAUGAUUAAAUUUUUUUCAAUUGGCAAGGUGUUUUCAAAAAGCUGUUCAGGCCUAAGUACUCGAAUAAUCUGGAUAUGGAUAAGUUUGCUUGCAUUUAAAUGUAGGAUUGUGUAGUGGUGAUUAACAAAGUGUCCUGUGUCUGCCUAAGUAGCUUAUUAUCGCUAGUGUUUUUCUGGUUUGUGCUGACCACUGAAGCUACUCGGCCCUCAAUAACAUUUCCAUUCCAUGGGAGUUUAAAUUGCUUAAUUUACUAAUGCAUGUAAUGUUUAAUGGCAGGGGUCGCUGCAGUGGUCGGAACUUUAAUGUUUAGAUGUGGAUUAGAAUUAUAUUUAUUUUUAUAUGAAUUGACUAUCACAUGGAGAUUGUAAAUUUUAUUUUGACAAAUUCUAAAUUAUUUUUUAUUUUUAGCUGGUAUUAUUUAUAAAAUAAAUUAUUCUGAGAUUUUAUUUUUGACUGGUGCGAUGUGGUUUAUUUUGUUUUGAGUUAUUAUUUGGUUAUUUCGCUACAUUUUAAAGUUUGCAUUUUAUGUUAAUUAGGACCUAUUAUUGUUUAAUACAAAUAUUAUCCUUUGUUGAGUAAGCAUAAUAGUAGGUUUUCUAUAUUUUUUCAAUUAUUUAAUCUUAGAUAGGUAGGUCCAACAAAUUUUUUCAAAUUUUAAUUGUUAAUUAGAAAUGGUAAAAUUAUUAGACUAACUAAUAGCGCUUGCACGCUGAGAUCAAAUAAAUUAUGAUUAAAAGUUAAAACCUUUUAUAUUUAUGCAAUCAAAACCUGUACUCUGUCAUAGUAGAUAUUUCUAAUAAUUUUCAAAUCCAUGUGAUAACAUGCAACAGAUGAAGAUUAUAAUUAUUAUAGUUAGGUAGGUUUAAUAAAUUUUAAAUUCCAUUCAACUAUAA